AUGUUGAAAAUAUUUUUUAAUGGCUAUGAACUGCUAGCUGAUGAUGAACUACUAUCUGAUGAACUACUAUUUGAUGAACCACUAGCUGAUGAUGAUUUGCUAUCUGAUGAACCUCUUGAAGAGUCCUCUAAUGGAUCUGAAGAGUCUUUCCAGUCUGAAGAGUUACCUGCUAUUAUACCUGUUGAUAUGCUGGUUGAUCCACUUGUUCAUGUGUCACCUGUACCACUUGUGCCACCUGCGGCAGCAUCCGCAGCAGUGAUGGUCCUGAAAAAUGUGAGGCGUUUUAUUAAUUGUAUUAGGACGAAUUUGGUGAUGUUUGGGUGUGACUGUUAUUUCUUAAUGAGGACUGCCUUUGGCUUGGCACUAAAUUGA